AUGUGUGUUGAUUACACGGAUCUCAACAAGCACUGCCCUAAAGACCCUUUUCCUCUCCCGCGAAUCAACCAAGUUGUUGACUCUACAGCUGGGUGCGCGCUCCUCUCUUUUCUUGACUGCUACUCCGGGUACCACCAGAUCGCCCUGAAGAAGUCGGAUCAAGAGAAGACAUCCUUCAUCACGCCAUUUGGGGCAUACUGCUACAACACCAUGACAUUCGACCUCAAGAACACAGGCGCCACCUAUCAGAAGGCCAUCCAAAAAUGCCUCCAGGGGCAGAUCGGGCGCAACGCCAAGGCUUACGUGGAUGACAUCGUCAUCAAGACUAGGUCCAAUGAUCAGUUCAUUGCCGACCUACAAGAAACAUUUGAAAAUCUGAGGAGAUUCAAAUGGAAGCUCAACCCCACCAAAUGCGUCUUCGGUGUCCCGGCAGGUAAACUACUCGGCUUUGUCUUAAGCAGCCGUGGAAUCAAAGCCAACCCAACAAAGAUCAACGCUAUCAGAUUCAUGAAGCCACCCAGGUGCAAGAAGGAUCUGAUGAAGCUUACAGGGUGCAUGGACGCCUUGAGUCGGUUCAUCAGCCGGCUCGGCGAUAGGGGCCUGCCCUUCUUCAAACUUCUCAGGAAGUCGGACAAAUUCGAGUGGAACGAGGAAGACGCCGCAGCCUUUCAGCAGCUAAAAGACUUCCUCGCAUCUCCACUAGUCUUAACCCCUCCAGAAGACGGAGAAAUGUUGCUCCUCUACAUUGCGGCAACUACGCACAUGGUCAGCACUGCCCUGGUCGUCGAACGAGACGAGCUGGGCCAUGUCUACAAAGUACAACGACCCGUUUACUUCAUCAGUGAAGUACUCGGUGAGUCCAAGCUGCGCUAUCCUCAGGUACAGAAACUCCUCUACGCGAUCCUCAUCACGUCCAGGAAGCUGCGCCAAUACUUCCAGGCGCACAAUGUCAAGGUGGUUUCCUCUUUCGCCCUCGGCGACAUACUUCACAACAGGGACGCUAAUGGACGAGUCGUCAAGUGGUCGGUGGAGCUAGGAGCCCUCUCCAUCGAAUUCCUCCCCCGCUCCACCAUCAAGUCGCAAGCCCUGGCGGACUUUAUCGCCGAGUGGACCAAGAUUCAGGAUCCACCACCCGAUGAGCGACCCGAGCACUGGGUCAUGUACUUUGAUGGUGCCCUCAACCUCGACGGCGCCGGGGCAAGCAUCCUCAUCUCCCCGAGAGGUGAGCAACUAAAGUAUGUCCUGCAGCUACUCUUCAAGGCCACCAACAACGCGGCUGAGUACGAGGCCCCCAUCCACGGUCUCAGGAUCGCGGCCUCACUCGGCAUCAAGAGGCUACUUGCGUAUGGCGACUCCAAAGUUGUCAUCCAGCAAGUCAACAAGGAUUGGGACUGCACCCAGGAAAAGAUGGACGCCUACUGCAAGGAGAUCCGCAAGCUUGAGGCCCACUUCUAUGGCCUGGAAUUUCAUCAUGUCCUCCGAGACUACAACGUGGCGGCUGACGUACUCUCCAAGCUGGGCUCCAAGCGGGCACUCGUCCCGGCCGGCAUCUUCGUGCAGGCUCUCAACUCUCCCACUGUCAAGAUUGAGGAGGAACCUCCUACCAAACCUGACCUAGUGCCAGCCCUAGGCCAGGAAGUAUUGGUCGCCGAUCUAGAUUGGCGAGCCCCGAUUCUUGACUUCAUCAUCAACAAUAAGUCCUACCCAAAGGACAAGGAGCACGAGCGACUCGCCCGCCGAGCCGCAAGCUACGUCGUCAUCGGAACCGAGUUGUUCAGGCACUCGGCCUCCUCAGGAACCCUUUCCAAGUGCAUCUACCAGUCAGAUGGAGUCCGACUCCUCAGCGAGAUCCACUCGGGAAUUUGCGGAAACCACGCGGGAGCUUCCACCCUGGUGGGCAAAGCUUUCAUGUCAGGCUUCUAUUGGCCGACGGCCCUAGCCGAUGCCCAAACCAUCAUCACGGCUCAGGCUCUGUGGAUGAUCCCUCCAUCCUGGCCAUUCGCCUGUUGGGGACUCGACUCGGUGGGACCCCUGAAAACAGCGCAAGGCGGCUACACCCAUAUAAUCAUCGCUAUCGACAAGUUCACCAAGUGGAUCGAGGUGAAGCCGGUCUCUUCCACGUCAGCAGCCAAGCCAGCCGAGUUCAUCCAGGAGAUAACACACAAGUUCGGAGUGCCCAAUCGGAUCAUCACAGACCUGGGCACCUCCUUCACUGGAUCGGAGUUCUGGGACUUCUGUCAGGAAAGCUGCAUCGAUGUGUACUACGCCUCCAUGGCUCACCCUAGAUGCAAUGGUCAGGUAGAACGCGCUAAUGGCUUGAUCCUCCAGGGGCUCAAAGCCAGGAUUUUCGACCCGAUCGAAAAAUACGGCUCCAAGUGGAUCCAGGAACUAACUAGAGUAGUAUGGGGGCUGCGUACGCAGAGAAGUCGGGCCACCGGCUACUCCCCCUUCUUCAUGGUCUAUGGUUCUGAGGCUAUCCUCCCAACGGAUAUUGCCUUUGGUGCUCCACACACCCAGAACUACAACGAAGGCGAGGCCGAAAUAACUCGGCAGACAGACCUCGACUCGGCCAAGGAGCACCGUCUGACGGCAGCCCUCCAGCACGCCCGGUACGAGCAGCAGCUAUGUCGUUAUCACGACAAAAAUGUCCAGCAGCGCGACUUCAACGUCGGCGACCUGUUCUCAACCCGGCAAGUAAAGGCAUGCUGCAGGGUUGUCUGCUCCUAA